GUUAUAUCUUCAUUUUAUGUACUUUGCGCGGCGUCAGUUACUUUGUUUAUUUUGAGUCUGUUUGUCAUCCGAAAGAAAAUAAUAAUAAAAAUGUUUAUUUAUUUAAGCAAAAAGAUUGCGAUUCCCAACAAUACUAAAUUAAAAUGUCUGGCUUGGAAUAAAGAGCAAGGCUACAUCGCUUGUGGGGGAGAAGAUGGUUUGCUGAAAGUUUUAAAGUUGGAAUCAGGGAAGGAUGGAAAACUGAAAGGGCUAGCAGCACCUUCAAACUUGUCUAUGAAUCAAACUCUGGAAGGCCAUAGUGGACAAAUACAAGUUAUUACAUGGAAUGAGAUUCAUCAGAAGCUAACAACAAGUGAUCAAUAUGGACUCAUCAUUGUGUGGACACUAUACAAAGGUGCCUGGUAUGAGGAAAUGAUAAACAAUAGGAAUAAGUCAGUUGUUAAAGGAAUGGCAUGGAAUUCUGAUGGUCAGAAGAUCUGUAUUGUGUAUGAAGAUGGAGCUGUAAUUGUUGGAUCUGUUGAUGGCAAUCGUAUCUGGGGGAAAGAACUGAAGGGAAUUGCACUCACUGGUGUCGAGUGGUCUCCUGAUGGAAAAAUGUUGCUAUUUAGCCUCAGAAAUGGCGAGAUACAUGUUUAUGACAAUCAAGGAAGCUUUACGAUGAAACUAACAGUCCACUGCCUUCCAGCAAUACCAGGACCUUUGCAGGUUGUGGGCAUGGAUUGGUAUGAUGGUCGUUAUGGCUAUGUUGAUCAAGAUUGCCCUGUUCUGGCUAUUUGUUAUCAGAAUGGCUGCAUGCAAAUCAUGAGAGGAGAAAAUGAUGACAUGCCUGUGCUUAUUGACACUGGUAUGGCAGCUGUGUGUUGUCGCUGGAAUCACAAUGGCAGCAUUAUUGCAGUUACAGGAAUCAUGCAACUGCAGAAUGAACCAAAAGACUGCAAUGUAAUUCAGUUUUUUACUCCAUUUGGAGAGCACCUCCGUACACUUAAAAUUCCUGGCCAUGAGGUGAAUAGUUGUGUAUGGGAAGGUUGCUCUCUCAGAGUUGCCUUAGCUGUUGACUCCUUCAUAUAUUUCGCUAACAUACGACCUGACUAUAAGUGGACGUACUUCCAGAAUACAGUUGUUUAUUGCUACAAUCGACCUGAUCGACCUGGAACCAUUGUAACAUUUUGGGAUACAAAGAACAAUGAGUGCUAUAACAAAAAUGUGCGCCUGCUCCUCGGGGUGGCUUCCUCAGGUGAACAUUGUGUGCUUGCUACAAGAGCUGAUGACAUAGACAACGGAGGACAAUACGGGCUCAUUUUAUGCAAUGCUAUAAGUACACCUGUUGACACAAAAUACACAGAUAUUGAACCUCUUUGGACUGCUAUGAACUCAUCCCAUGUGUUUGCCGCAUCACACAGCAACUUUUUACUUUGGCAUUAUCGAACACCUAAAUCUCGUUCAACAUUUGCAGCUCUAAGUUCCCGACAGCGCAAGGAGAGAUUGUACCAUAUUGAUGACACUCCAUCUGGUGUUGCCGAAGUUAUUCAAGAUCUUGAUAGGUCUUAUGAGCCUACCACAAACAUGCAAGAAACAGGUGAUCCAAUUUGUUGUAUGUGUGCCACUGACAAAAUGCUUGUGAUUGGUAGAGAGUCAGGCAUGUUACAGCGCUAUUCACUACCACAAGUAGCACUUACCAACAGGUAUUCGCUGAGCACCAGACCAUACAAACUGUCUAUCAACUGCAACUCAACGAGACUGGCAGUAAUUGAUGUAACUGGUGUGCUCACAUUUUUGGACUUGGAAUCCUAUCCAAUUUUUGGUAGCCCUAGAGAUUCAGUGAAUAAUUCAGGCAGCCCAGGUUACAAGGAGCUUAGUAAAUUUGAGAGAAAAGAUGUGUGGGCUGUGCAGUGGGCCAGUGACAAUCCUGAAUUAUUGGCUAUAAUGGAGAAGACACGCAUGUAUGUGUUACGUGGACUUGAACCAGAAGAACCUAUACUCAGCUCUGGAUAUAUUUGUUCAUUUCAGGAGUUAGAGAUUCGAGCAGUGUUGUUAGAUGAAAUCAUGCAGAAUCCUGAAAGGCCAUCUUCAGAAAACAUUCUAGACAUGGAAGUGAAAUCGCUUCGAGAUACCAGAGAUCUUUUGGAUAAGGUUGGAAUAGCAGAAGCAACAACAUUCAUUGAAGAGAAUCCACAUCCUCGGUUGUGGCGUCUUCUAGCAGAGGCUGCUGUCCAACAGCUCGACUUGUCCACUGCAGAAGCUGCAUUUGUUCGAUGCAGUGAUUAUCCUGGAAUUCAGUUUGUUAAAAGACUGCAGAAUAUACAAAAUGAUACAUUAAAGAGAGCUGAAGUCGCAGCAUAUUUCCAGAAUUUUAAUGAUGCUGAGAAGUAUUAUCUUGAAGUGGAUCGUAGAGAUCUAGCAAUAUCCCUUCGUGAGAAACUUGGUGACUGGUUUAGAGUAGUGCAGCUAAUGAAAAUGGGUGCUGGUGGCUCAGAUGUUCAGAUGGAACAGGCAUGGAAUUCAAUUGGCAACUACUUUGCAGAUAGACAGAAUUGGGAAGGUGCCAGGGAAUACUAUGAAAAAGGUCGCAAUCAAGAACGUUUGGUCCACUGUUAUUACAUGCUAGAAGAUUACGCUGCUCUAGAAUCGUGUGUUGCAAAUCUCCCUGACAAACAUUCACUCCUGCCUGUUAUCGGUGAAAUGUUUGCAUCAGUAGGCAUGUGUGCACAAGCUGUCAUGGCAUACACUAAGUAUGGUCAAAUAAAACCAGCAGUUGAUGCGUGUGUUGGUUUAAAUCAGUGGGACCAAGCAGUUGAAUUAGCCAAACAGUAUAAACUCCCAGAGAUAAAUGAUUUACUUUCCAAAUAUGCUAGCCAUUUGCUGGCUAAGAAUAAACUACUCGAAGCUGUAGAACUCUAUCGCAAGGCAAACCACUUCUUGGACGCAGCGAAACUGCUUUUCCAGAUGGCUGAGAAAGAGGGGAGGAAGCACUCACAGCCACAGCGAAUAAAAAAGUUGUAUGUUCUGGCUGCCUUGUUAGUUGAAGAACAUCAGCAGUUAUUAAAGCAAAAAGCUAUUGGAUCCACAGGUGGCCGAAGCACAGCAUUGAUGGGCUUGCUCAAUAGUGAUACAGAUUCUGAUCUAGAUACCAAACAUGUUGACAAUGCAUGGAAAGGUGCAGAAGCUUAUCACUUUUUUAUGCUUGCUCAGAAACAAUUGUAUGAAGGCAAUUUUGAAGCUGCAAUGAAAACUGCCCUCCAUCUACGUGAAUAUGAAGAUAUACUUGAAUCUGAGGAUGUAUAUUGCAUACUUGCAUUAGCCAGCAGUGCAAAUAAGGCAUUUGGAGUUUGUUCUAAAGCGUUUAUCAAACUUGAAUCUCUUGAAACGAUUUCUGAAGCAAAGAGACAAGAAUAUGAAGACCUAGCAAUGGAUAUUUUCACAAAAUAUACACCAAAAGACUCCAGACUCAACCGAUCAGAAUGUACUGCCUGUGAGACUAUGGUGCCAGAUGAGUUUAGAAUGUGCCCAAGUUGUGGGACAAAGUUUCCUAGUUGUAUUGCUACUGGGAGACCACUUUUGGACAUGUCCUCAGUAUGGACCUGUGGUGUAUGCAAACAUUGUGCUUCAGAACAAGAUAUGAUUGUGCGACAGAGCUGCCCUUUGUGUCAUGCAUCUGUACAGCUGUAAUGCAGAUGCAACCAGAAGAAUUUUUCUGUUUCAAACUUAAUCCGUCCAACACACCAACACAUUCCUCAGAGAGAGAGAGGGGGGGGGGGG